AUGCAUUUCUUAAAAGAAGGCGGCUUUGGUCUUAUAUCCUUGUGGAAAAAUAAUGAAGCCGCCUCUCUUAAGAUGACUUGUGCCACCUUAUUCGGGGUUAGGAGUCUCAUGACUCACGAGACCAUUGCUUAUUCUAUUGAUUCCUCUAUCUCGUGUGGUCUUAAUAUGAGAAUGGUUCAAGUAAAGGGCAAUAGUAUUUUGCAGAUUUACAAAAGUGGUAAAGUGAAUUUUGUGUGUGAUUAUUGGAAUGAGGAUUUCUUGGUUGACAAGUUACAUAUCCAGUUAACUCACCAUCAUCAUUUAACUACUAAAGUUAGUGAUUUUAUUCAAAAUGAUAGAUGGAUUGUUCCUCACUAUCAAGCAAGCAUAGCGGGUAUCACCCAUAUUUUGCAUGAUGUUAUAGCUCUUUCGAUUUAA